CUGAGCAGAGAAUCCCCUCUGCCCUUGUACACAGAUGCAAGAGAAAGAAAGUUAAGUGAGGAGGAAAGAGAAAGAAAAAGAAGAUACAACCCUUUUUUAAAUGCUGUAAAAGGAGGCAUUUGAAGUAUGUUUUUAAAACGUUUAGAAAUAAACAUCAAGUGCAUCCAUUGCAGUGGGUGAAAAAUUUGAUUGCAGACCAAAUAGAAAGAAAGAGAAAGGGGUGGAGAAAGAAGAAUUGUUACAGCUGCCUGGAACUGUGACAGUACAUACAAGCAAAAACACAACUAAGGGUACUUUUACCAUGGGAAAGUCAGCCUCCAGGCUUUUUUGUGAGGAGGUGCUGAAGACUCAUAAUGAUUACAGGAAAAAGCAUCAAGCCCCAUCUUUAAAACUCAGCAAUAAACUGAGUCGUGAGGCAGCCCGAUAUGCAGAGAGCCUUGCUAGCACACGGAUUCUGAAGCACAGCGUUGAGUCUAGCAGAGGAAAUUGUGGAGAAAAUUUAGCUUGGGCAUCUUAUGAUCAAACAGGUAAAGACGUGUCAGAUCGCUGGUAUAAUGAAGUUAACCAGUACAACUUUAACCAGCCAGGAUUCUCCUCUGUCACGGGUCAUUUCACUGCAAUGGUGUGGAAAAGCUCAAAGAAAAUUGGUGUGGGUAAGGCUGUGGCCUCAGAUGGUUCUACCUUUGUAGUGGCACGAUAUUUCCCUGCAGGCAACAUCACCAAUCAGGGCCACUUCCAGGCCAAUGUCCUUAACCCUAAAAGCUGAUCCAAAUGUAACUUGGCACAAUGAGAACAAGGGUAUAGAGGGAAACUGAAAGCACUGAGGACGAAACACUAUCCAACACGAUGACUGCACAGUGCAGGCUUUGGUUGGCUUGAAUGCACAUUACUUGAAUAAAGUAAUUUAAUAUUAUUCAAGGCAUUUAUUAACUUUAAUUCUAUGGGAGCUAACGUUAAACUCAAUGCUGCAAGAUGAACGGUUAACUGUUCAAUGAAAGUACAUUUUCUUAGUUUUAAGACCUAAGGUGAAACCAGUCCAGGAUUAAAACUUAUAAAAUUGGUUAACUUCAAGUUGGUGCCAGAUAUCAAUGGGAAAAAGGGGUGUCACAAUAGAAGUAUUUAAAAUAAUUCUAUGAAUGACAUGGUAACAUGUCUAACUACAUACAGUACCUCUAACCUACUUAAUCUGUUGUCAGUGUUUCUUUGGGAGACAUGUUUAUUCAGAUUUUUAAAAGAAUACUGAAUUUUAGUAAUGUUCACAACUUCAUGCCAUAGCCUGAUAAUUUUUAAGUGCCAAGUAUGAGUUUUUUUUGUAAUCCUUCUUGUAUUGAUGUAUUAAUGUUAUGAAUUAAAAUCACAAGUGUUC